UGUGUCUUGUGUGGUCAUAAAUAGAACUGUCAGUGAAGCGAGUUUUUUUAGUUUAUUUAUUUAUAAUGAAAUAGCCAAAUUAGUAACAGUUUUUAUAUUCAUGCAUUUAAUGUGAGUACAAGUAGUGAUUAUAUUUACAACAAAAUGUCGACAAACAUUUUUGAGAAAUGUUCAAACAAAGAAGGAUCUCGUCCGUACAAAUGUCGCGAUUAUGGUAAUAAAAUUUCAUUAAAUUUGAGCAAUUUCCAAAGAGACGGCAGAUUUUGUGACAUAGAUUUAAUAUCAGGAAAAACCAGGGUUAAGGCCCACCGGGUGGUACUUGCAGCCAGCUGUGCAUACUUUGAUGCUAUGUUUAAUGUGGGCUUGGAGGAGAGUCAAAAAAGACAUGUAGCUCUACCUAGUGUGCCUGCAGAAAUUCUUCCAAUUAUUAUUGACUUUAUUUAUACAGGUGAAGUAGUAAUAGACAAAACUACAGUGCAGCAUUUAUUGAUAGCUGCAGACAUGCUACAAUUGAGAGAACUGGUCACAGGCUGUGGUGAAUUUCUAAGGAGAGAACUGCACCCUUCAAAUGCUUUGGGGAUCUUUAGGUUUGCUGAAGCACAUAACUGCAUCGAACUAGCAGAUGAAGCACUAGAACAUGCGCAAGCAAACUGGAAUGUUGUGGCCAGCGGAGAUGAGUUACUGGACUUGCCGUUACCACAGUUAGUCACCCUACUGUCCUCUGAACAGCUAAAGGUUGAAAGUGAGGCACAGGUACUAUAUCCAGCAUUAAGAUGGCUGGAACACGACCCCGCCUGCCGCCGCCGCCAUUGUUUCGAAGUCCUCAGCCACAUCCGCCUUCCGCUUAUAGCUCCCCAACUUCUCGACGAAGCCAUUAAAAAUGUACAAGACCCGUCAAUCGCUGUGGCAUUGAAGACUGUUAGAGUUGACAUGAAAACGGGUCGCGGCGCCCUAGUAGCGUUAGCAGCGGAGCCGCGGGCGCGCGCGCGGCGCUACUUGCUGGUGGCGGGCGGCUCCUGCCACGACUCCAGCCCGCACCCGUCGCUCGCCACCGACAAUAUCCUAUCGUCCGUGCUCAAGUUCGACCUGCAUAAACGAGAAUGGGAAGAGCAAGCGCCGAUGGGUAUCGCGCGCAUUCAGCCGGGCGUGGCCACGCUGGGCGGGCGCGUGUACGCGGUCGGCGGCGAGCAGGGCAGUCAGAUACUGGCCAACGGCGAGGUCUACGACCCCACGACGAACAAAUGGUCAAACAUAGCCCCUAUGAAAGAGGCCCGCAGCGAGUUCGGUCUGACGGGCAUGAACGGGCACCUGUACGCGUUCGGCGGCUGGGUGGGCUCGGACAUGGGCGCGUCCGUGGAGGUGUACGACCCCGCCGCCGACGAGUGGACCGGCGCCGGCCGCAUGCCCGAGCCCAGGUUCGGGAUGGGCGUCGUGCAUUAUGAAGGUCUGAUCUACGUAGUGGGCGGGUGCACGCACAGCUGGCGGCACACGCGCGACCUGCUGUGCUACCACCCGGCGUCGCGCUCGUGGCGCGCGCUGGCGCCCAUGCGGCGCGAGCGCUCGCAGGCCGCCGCCGUCGUGCUCGGCCACCACCUCUACGUCAUCGGCGGCAACGCGCCGCGCCGCCAGGUGCUCACCUCCGUCGAGCGCUACAGCUUCCACGACGAUUCGUGGGAGGAAGUGUGCAGUCUGAAGGAAGCUCGCGCAGGUUGCGCGGCGGGCGCGGCCGAGGGCGUGCUGGUGGCGGCGGGCGGCGACAGCGAGUGCGUGGGCCAGCGCGCCUUCUACCGCGCGCGCCCCACGCUGGCCAGCGUGGAGCUGUACGACCCGCGCGACGACCGCUGGCGCGCCGCGCCGCCGCUGCCGCACUCGCGCGCCGAGGCCGGCGCCGCCCUGCUCUGACGAACACUCCCGACCGAGUUCCUCCGCUCCGGGGCGGCCGAAUGCCGAGCGCGGCGCUGCGCGUGAUAUUACACGGGUGAGUUCGACGCGGUAGCCCACACUAUUCGCUCUGUCCGGUCGCGACGUUCCUUUGUAUCCGUUUCCAGCGAGUGAGUAGUGGGAAAAAACGCAGCUGACCCGUCGCUUGUAGUAACCGUGUUUGAUCCGCCAUCAUCGAAUAUAAUAAACUGUGGAAACGCGCUCUGAUAGCCGCUCCUAGUAGCAAAAAAAUUGCAUCAAAGUCUCCCAGGUACGAAACGAACAUUGUGAAGCACAAAAUCGUACCUAUAAACAUCAAGCUGCUAAGUAGGGAUGUGUUAUUGUGUUAACUUUAAUAAAUUAAGCAUAUACAAAUUUAAUAACUCGCAUACUCCUUUUUAAAAGAUUAUCCAAAAAUUUGAUCCUGAUUAUCCAAAAAUAGGUUUUAGAAUUUAAGGCACGUAUUGCUUAUGCAUUUAUAGCAUUUCGAAAUAGAAUAAUGGUCAUUAUGAGCGGUGGGUGAUUGAAAUAUUGCGCUCUCACUUUUAACAACUAGGAUCGUCCGUUAUUUACAUCUAAGAUUAUAUCGAUGUUUCGAUACUGCAAUUCCUUGCAUAAAAAGAAAAAUACAUGAUAUUUGCCGAGACCCCUUUUCUGCGUGAUAUUUGGCUCGACCUUGGUUCUUUUUAUUGCAAUAUGUAAAUAACGGACCGACCCUAGCUGACAUGUCGAUGUUUCUUGUGCUAUUAUACAAAUUAAAAUAUAUAAACAAUUUAUUGGUGUUUAGCAUUAUUAUUUCUGUAAAAAAUAAAUUCGCGGGGCUUAACUUGCAAUAUACGUUAUGUAUUAUAUAACCGCUAAAUACUGCUAUAGGGAGCGUGCAUGAACUGUAGGAGGCAGCACAGAAGCCGUCAGAUUUUUGGCGCGAGGCGUAAAUAUGAUGUUUUUUGUUCCGAUUUAGCCCACAAGAUGGCAGAACCUACUAUGUACAAGAAAACACGUGACGUGUACAUGUAUAUGUUUAUGGUUCCGAUUCAGGCCACAAGAUGGCAGACCCUCCAACGCGCACGGUCCCUAUUGCAGAUUGCUUUAUUUAAAAUGAUUUAGUUGACAAAUGUAUAAUGUAGGAAUAUAUCUUAUAUCUUGAAUAUGAUCGCUUUUAUGGAUAAAUAUAUCCCAGAGAAUUACUCGAAUUAUUUAGUAGAAGUCAAUAAGGUCUCGUGUUUGACUUAGAACAAAACAGCACUGUAAACGUGCGUUAAACUAAGCGAGGAUUAACACAAAAUAUAUACCUAAGAUUUAUUUUAAGGAGUGAAAUGCGAAAGUAUACAAACGCGUACGAUACACGCUGAUGUUGCUUUAAACAAGAAUAUUACAGGAGUUUGUUUUAGUUAUUAAACAAAUAUUAGAAUCAAUGAUUGAAUCUAUUAAUGCGUUAUGUCCUUAUGUCGUUUAGUAUGUAUAAUAGGACUUCCAAUAUUAUUAAUAUUAAGUUUUGAGCUGAAAAGUAAACUAACGUCUUCAUGGAUAAUCAUCCUUUCUCCAAAGCUAUAUGUAAGGUUCUACAUAAAGUUAAUGUUUACACUUGUAAUCUUCCGACAAUGGCAUUAAGAUCGAUAUUUUUACGAAUUAUUUAUUUGCAUUCUUUCAUGUUACAUAUUCAUAGCUGAAUUUUAACCUAAGUCUCUUUUGUAUAUAUGUAUAGUAUGCGGCUUACCUCGCGAGGCGGUUAAGUUAAAACUGAAUCAAUAACAUUGUUGUAGAGCUCGGCCGAACACGUUAAGUUUGUACCGACUGGGCAUUGACGAGACGCCAUUCAUUUAUUACGUAAGACGAUAUUUACCAGUUUUUGCUCCCGUCCAACCUGUUCUAAGAAAAAAUAAGAAAUGACCGACCCCUCCCCCUUUUUAAGACGAUGCAUUGUAAAUUUUGGCGUUAGGUAUCUUGAUUUAUGAAAGUAUUGUUUGGUGAACUGGUUAUUCAUGGCAUCCACUCCAUUUCUGUAGUUGCCGUUACACGAUUAGUUAACUUUUAUAGGCAAGAAAAUCGUAUCAAAGAUGCCUCUUUUUAGGGAAAGGGACCUAUUCAAGCAUCCUAAUUUUCCACGUAUAUCUUAGCGCAAUUUUAAUGAUCUUACGUAAGAACUAACAAGACUCCCCCCCUCCGUAGUAAAAGUAAGUCAUUGUCAACCCCCUCCCCAAUCGUCUUACGUAAUAAAUGCAUGGCGCCUGUGUGACCACGCCAUGGCCACCAUCACCACCAUAAAGUUAGAAGACGACUUCGCGUGAUCGAAAUCUAUAAAACGAAACAGUCACAUCAGACCUUUGCAUAAUAUUUCAAAUCACUAGUUUUUUUCACAUUCGACAUUAAAAUAUUAGCAAUUUGUACACUUGUAACCCUUUUAUAAUAGCAAAAAAAGAUGAAUAACUCUUUGCCACAUUAAGAUUAAAGCUCUGUUAUUUGCAUGUUUGUAUGACGAAAAACUUAAACCGGGUGAUAUUAAAAUAAUAUGAAUCAGUAGAUUUAAGUAAUAAAAUAUUUUUACAAA